UAUAAAAGUCGAGGCUGUGGCCGUGUUGAGGCAUCCGGACCGUUGCACCGACACCGUUGUCUGGUCUCCCGAGGACGUUCAUCAUGAGAAUCACACUUCUGAUCGCUGUCCUUGUCUUCGGUGUCCUUUCAGAGGCACGAGCUCCACCUCCAGGUGGCAGAGGUGGACCCCCACCAACAGGUGGCCCCCCACCAACAGAUGCCGACGGACUAGCUCUUCCACCACCGACUGGUCCCGAGCCAACAGGCGAUGUCCCACCACCACGAGGUGGCAGACUACCCAGGGAAGCUUUUCGGGGAGGCAGAGGCGGUCCUCCCCCGACUGGUGCCGACGGACUAGCUCUUCCACCACCGACUGGUCCCGAACCAACAGGCGAUGUCCCACCACCACGAGAUGGAAGACAAGGCAGGGGAGCUCCUCGGGGAGGCAGAGGUGGUCCUCCACCGACUGGUGCUGAUGGACUAGCUCUUCCACCACCGACUGGUCCUGAACCAACAGGCGAUGUCCCACCACCACGAGGCGAAAGACAACGCAGACAAGCUCCUCGGGGAGGCAGAGGUGGUCCUCCCCCGACUGGUGCCGACGGACUAGCUCUUCCACCACCGACUGGUCCUGAGCCAACAGGUGAUUUCCCACCACCGCGAGAUGGAAGACAAGGCAGGCAGGCUGCCCAGGGAGGCAGAGGUGGUCCCCCACCCACUGGCGCUGAUGGACUAGCUCUACCACCACCGACUGGUCCUGAGCCAACAGGCGAUGUCCCACCACCACGAGGUGGAAGACAGCCCAGGGAAGCUCCUCGGGGAGGCAGAGGUGGUCCACCACCGACUGGUGCCGAUGGACUAGCUCUUCCACCACCGACUGGUCCUGAGCCAUCAGGUGAUGUCCCACCACCACGAGAUGCAAGACAAGGCAGGGGAGGUCCUCGGGGAGGCCGAGGUGGUCCUCCGCCGACUGGUGCUGACGGACUAGCUCUUCCACCACCGACUGGUCCUGAGCCAACAGGCGAUGUCCCACCACCACGAGGUGGCAGACAACCUAGGGAAGCCCCUCGGGGAUUUAGAGGUGGUCCUCCUCCAACUGGUGCCGACGGACUAGCUCUUCCACCACCGACUGGUCCUGAGCCAACAGGCGAUGUCCCACCACCACGAGAUGCAAGACAAGGCAGGGAAGGUCCACGGGGAGGCAGAGGUGGUCCACCCCCGACUGGUGCUGAUGGACUAGCUCUUCCACCACCGACUGGUCCUGAACCAACAGGCGAUGUCCCACCACCACGAGGUGGCAGACAACCUAGGGAAGCUCCCCGGGGAUUUAGAGGUGGUCCUCCUCCAACUGGUGCCGACGGACUAGCUCUUCCACCACCGACUGGUCCUGAGCCAACAGGCGAUGUCCCACCACCAAGAGAUGGAAGACAAGGCAGGCAGGGUCCUCGGGGAGGCAGAGGUGGUCCCCCACCGACCGGUGCCGACGGACUAGUUCUUCCACCACCAACUGGACCCGAACCAACUGGAGAACCCCUAGGUCCUCAGCCAACAGGCGAUGUCCCACCACCACGAGGUGGAAGACAACCCAGGGAAGCUCCUCGGGGAGGCAGAGGUGGUCCUCCACCCACUGGCGCCGACGGACUAGCUCUUCCACCACCAACUGGUCCUGAGCCAGCAGGCGAUGUCCCACCACCACGAGACGGAAGACAAGGCAGGCGGGGUCCCCAGGGAGGCAGGGGAGGUCCUCCACCGACUGGUGCUGAUGGACUAGUUCUUCCACCACCGACUGGUCCCUUGCCAACUGGCGAUGUCCCACCACCACGAGUUUGAAGACAAGCCUAAGGAAUUUCGAGAAGGAUCAGCUGAUGUCGGACCGUUUAAAAAAGAAGUCGAUUUUUUAAAAUGUCGAAGCUGAUUUGUUGGAGAUUUGAUUGUCUCGUGUCGAUUGUGACAAAAGUGCACUAAAAGACAACCAACAAAAUAAAGAAUCUCUCAAUUCCA